AUGGCAACAACCAGCAGCAAUGCUAACCUGAAGCCGUCCGGCGGCUUGUCUGCUAACGACAACAUCCGCCGGUUCGCCGCUCCCAGCAGGCCACUGAGCCCGCUGCCCGCCCAUGCCCUGUUCAACGACAAGACACGAUGCUUCGUUUAUGGUCUGCAGCCUCGUGCCGUACAAGGUAUGCUCGACUUCGACUUCAUCUGCAAGCGGACGACGCCGUCGGUGGCCGGCAUUAUCUACACGUUCGGCGGUCAAUUCGUCAGCAAGAUGUACUGGGGCACGAGCGAGACUCUCCUCCCGGUGUACCAGCAGGUUGAGAAGGCGGUGGCCAAGCACCCGGAUGUUGACGUUGUCGUCAACUUUGCCUCCUCCCGCAGUGUCUACAGCUCGACGAUGGAGCUUAUGGAGAACCCCCAAAUUAAGACGAUCGCCAUUAUCGCUGAGGGUGUUCCGGAGCGUCGUGCUCGUGAGAUCGCGCAUGUUGCGCAAAAGAAGGGUGUCACAAUUAUUGGCCCUGCCACCGUCGGUGGUAUCAAGCCCGGCAGCUUCAAGAUUGGUAACACUGGUGGUAUGAUGGACAACAUCGUGGCUUCUAAGCUCUACCGCAAGGGCUCUGUCGGCUACGUAUCCAAGUCCGGUGGCAUGUCCAACGAGCUGAACAACAUCAUCUCUCAAACGACCGAUGGUGUCUACGAGGGUGUGGCGAUCGGUGGUGACAGGUAUCCUGGUACCACUUUCAUCGACCACCUGUUGCGCUACCAGGCCGACCCCGACUGCAAGAUCCUCGUCCUGCUCGGUGAGGUUGGUGGUGUUGAGGAGUACAAGGUCAUUGAGGCUGUGAAGCAGGGCAUCAUCACCAAGCCGAUUGUGGCCUGGGCCAUCGGUACUUGCGCUAGCAUGUUCAAGACUGAGGUUCAGUUCGGCCACGCCGGCUCGUUUGCCAACUCUCAGCUUGAGACGGCGGCCAAGAAGAACUCGAGCAUGCGGGAAGCUGGCUUCCACGUCCCUGACACCUUUGAGGACAUGCCGGCCGUCCUCAAGGCUCUCUACGACAAGCUCGUUAAGGAGGGCACCAUCAAGCCCCAGCCCGAACCCGUUGUCCCCAAGAUUCCCAUCGACUACUCGUGGGCUCAGGAGCUCGGCCUCAUCCGCAAGCCGGCUGCGUUCAUUUCGACCAUUUCGGACGAUCGUGGCCAGGAGCUCCUCUACGCUGGGAUGCCCAUCUCGGAUGUUUUCCGCGAGGACAUUGGCAUUGGUGGUGUCAUGUCGCUGCUGUGGUUCCGCCGCCGCCUGCCCGAUUACGCCUCCAAGUUCCUCGAGAUGGUGCUCAUGCUUACCGCUGAUCACGGCCCGGCCGUGUCCGGUGCCAUGAACACCAUUAUCACCACCCGUGCCGGCAAGGAUCUUAUCUCUGCGUUGGUGAGCGGUCUGCUUACUAUUGGUUCGCGGUUCGGUGGUGCGCUGGACGGCGCCGCCGAGGAGUUCACCAAGGCUUUCGAUAAGGGUCUUAGCCCGCGCGAGUUCGUCGACACCAUGCGCAAGCAAAACAAGCUCAUCCCCGGUAUCGGGCACCGUGUUAAGUCACGGAACAACCCCGAUCUGCGCGUGGAGCUGGUCAAGGAAUACGUCAAGGCCAAGUUCCCCAGCUUUAAGAUGCUUGACUACGCGCUGGCCGUUGAAACCGUCACGACAUCGAAGAAGGACAACCUGAUCCUGAACGUGGACGGCUGCAUUGCCGUGUGCUUCGUUGACCUGAUGCGCAACUGCGGCGCAUUCAGCGCAGAGGAGGCCGAGGACUACCUUAGCAUGGGUGUGCUCAACGGUCUCUUCGUGCUCGGCCGCUCCAUUGGUCUGAUUGCCCACUAUCUCGACCAGAAGCGUCUGCGCACCGGUCUGUACCGUCACCCCUGGGAUGACAUUACGUACAUCCUGCCGAGCUUGCAGCAGGCCGGCCCGCCGGGCACCGAGGGCCGUGUUGAGGUCCAGAUUUAA